GCGGUGCGGUGGAGGUUCAACAUUUUACGCAGGCAUGGCGGCGGCGGCGCUGGAGGAGAUCUAGUUCGCCGUGUCUGUGGCUGGGGCGGUGACUUUUCCCUUCCUCGCGGUGUUCCCCCGCCUGGAAAAAGAUGGCCCCACGGAGGGGCCCGGUCCCAGCUCUGCUUUGGGGCUUGAGCCUGUUCCUGGGUCUCCCAGGGCCUGUCUGGCUCCAGCCCUCUCCUCCCCAUUCUUCUCCCUUCACUGCCCCCCAUCCAUGUCAUACCUGCAGGGCACUGGUCGACAGCUUCAACAAGGGCCUGGAGAGAACCAUCCGGGACAACUUUGGUGGUGGAAACACUGCCUGGGAGGAAGAGAAGUUGUCCAAAUACAAAGACAGUGAGACACGCCUGGUGGAGGUGUUGGAAGGUGUUUGCAGCAAGUCAGACUUUGAGUGCCAUCGCCUACUGGAGCUGAGUGAGGAGCUGGUGGAAAGCUGGUGGUUUCACAAGCAGCAAGAAGCCCCAGACCUCUUCCAGUGGCUUUGCUCAGAUUCCCUGAAGCUCUGCUGUCCCUCAGGCACUUUUGGGCCCUCCUGCCUACCAUGUCCUGGGGGCACAGAGAAGCCCUGCGGUGGCUACGGGCACUGUGAAGGGGAAGGGACUCGAGGGGGCAGUGGGCACUGUGACUGCCAAACCGGCUACGGGGGUGAGGCCUGCGGCCAGUGUGGCCUUGGCUACUUUGAGGCAGAGCGCAACAGCAGCCAUCUGGUAUGUUCGGCAUGUUUUGGGCCCUGUGCCCGCUGCUCAGGACCUGAGGAAUCAAACUGCUUGCAGUGCAAGAAGGGCUGGGCCCUGCAUCACCUCAAGUGUAUAGACAUUGAUGAGUGUGGAACAGAGAGCGCCAGUUGUGGAGCCAACCAGUUCUGCGUGAACACAGAAGGUUCCUACGAGUGCCGAGACUGUGCCAAGGCCUGCCUGGGUUGUAUGGGGGCAGGACCAGGCCGUUGCAAGAAAUGCAGGCCAGGCUACCAGCAAGUGGGCUCCAAAUGUCUUGAUGUGGAUGAGUGUGAGACAACAGUGUGUCCAGGAGAGAACGAGAAGUGUGAAAACACUGAUGGUGGUUACCGCUGUGUCUGUGCUGAGGGCUACAAACAGGUGGAGGGCAUCUGUGUAAAGGAGCAUAUCCCAGAGUCAGAGGGCUUCUUCUCGGAGGUGACAGAAGAUGAAAUGGUGGUCCUGCAACAGAUGUUCUUUGGCGUCAUUAUCUGUGCACUCGCAACACUUGCUGCUAAGGGUGAUUUGGUGUUCACUGCCAUUUUCAUCGGGGCUGUGGCAGCCAUGACUGGGUACUGGUUGUCCGAGCGCAGUGACCGUGUGCUGGAGGGCUUCAUUAAGGGCAGAUAAUCCAUGCCACCACCUGCAGGCUGUCCCACUCAGGCUGCCCUAGAGGUGCCUGUCUCCUCCUGGACACUCUGGGCUGUUGGGUUUCAUUUUGAGUGAGGUAAUCACUCCCACUUUCUGAAGGUGGGGUAAACACCUGCCUUGUGGAGCAGCCCAGGCACCCAGGCCUGGCCACUGGGUGAAAAAGCUCUGGAUGCUGGAUGCUAUGAAAUCUUAACCUGGGGUGGGCGGGCUGGGCAGGCCUCACAGAGAGUGUAGAUUUAAAAAUAAAAUGUCUCCUUAGGGAGGUUGCUAGUGAGCUUUGGCCUCUGCCUAGGAUGCAGGGGUCCUCACAGGGGAGGAGCACCCACGGCCCUCUUGCCAGGUGCAUGCUGCCAGCUCCUGUUCUGUACUCACCCCUUAUUUAUUCAUCUCAGGAAAUAAAGGAAGGUCUUGGAAACUGGAGAA